ACAGAUUGUGUUGACAACGAUGGCGGCGAUAUGCAAACUAUGUAUUACUGCUUUAAAAAGUGGCAAAUGUCUACAGCUAUUACACCGAACAAAUUUUGUGCAUAUUUCAUAUAGGAGAUAUGUUGCAUCAAAAUCUAUGCUGCAAGAGCUUUAUAGAGUUACAAAAGCAGCAGCUGAAGGUAUUUCAAAUGUCAUACUACUCAUACUCAUUCAUACACAACUUAAUGACUUAAUAAUACUUUAUAAGUUUCACUUAAAAAACGUACCUGAUCUCAUCACUCAACUGUCAACUGUGAUCACUGACAGUGAGUGGUUGUAGAAGACAGUCACCCACCACUGCAGUAAAAAUUUUCUACUGAACUAUUCAAAAUAUAUAAUGAAAAUGAACGUAAACAGAAAUAGAAAUACUAAAUUAUUUUGAAAAUAUCUUUAAAAACAACUUUAAACAAGAUCACAACUACAACUUACAAUUACACCUCAGACAACUGUCAAUAAGCCACUAUAUUUCUCUGAUAAACUAAAACAAAUUAAACUUGGAAUGGAAAUUUUUAAUUAAUUUUUGGCAAUCCUCUGAAGUCCGGUCCCAAAUUAUUUCCAAUGAUUACUCCUUACUUAAAAGUCUUAGACAUCAUGUUGUUUUGAAAUUCAUGUUUGCAGUAGUGGACGAUGUUGGAUGGAGGCUGUUGGCCGUCGAGAUGCACAAACACUCGGCGCAUUUUCACUAAUCAUGUGUUACCAGGGACAGCUAUUGUCACCGACGAUUUGGUGAGAAUGUCAAAAUGUUGGUCAGCUCAACAACGGGAUUUAUGCACAAACUGUCAUGUGCAUGCGCAUGAAUUUGUUGAUCCAGUAGACCAGGACAUUCACACAUAAAAUAUUGUAGGACUUUGGAUGCACUCGAAACAAAAACUCUGCUAUCAGAAGGGUACUAGUUGCGGUCUGUUUGCCAGCUACUUGGGGGCCUUUCAGUGGUGCAACAGUCACAAGCAGAACGUUUUCGGCUGGUAUUUGCAAAUGCUAUGCGCCAAUUACAAUAUUUAGUAUUUACUGACUGGUUUGUAAAGUGACAGUUAUUUGCAAAAGCUAUGACUGACAUGUCUGCUGUUUUCUAACAAUAAACACUGUGUGUUGCAUUUUUUUCAUACGAAAUAAUUUGGGACCGGACUUCGGAGGAUUGCCUAAUUUUUGUUCAAGAUUUCAAAUUGGGCCUACUGGGCUAAUUUUAAAUUUUCAGGAUAUAGACCAUACUAAGAGUAAGACAUUAUGUCAUUAUUAAUACAUUAAUUUAAUAAAUAUUAUAACUAAUGUAAUUUUUGGUAAAUUUACGCAAUGCGCACCAUUUAUAAUUGUUUCCCAUGGCUGCCAUCUCGGUUACCUUUCAUGCCCUGUGAACUGGUGAUGGCAGCCAUGGUAGUGCAAACACCUGUCUGCUAAAAUGGGGAGGUGAAAGAGAGAGAACGGGCUGCUUGUUGUUUUAGUUAAUUACUAGGUACUUUGACAGAAAUUUUUAUUAUUGAUAUUGUCCUAUUGCCUAUUGCCAUCAAUAAUAAACCAUUUUAAAAGGCUAGCUAUAAGCUUUACAAAAAUUUCAUCUUUCUAUCUUUUAUGACAAUGAAGUUAUGAAUUUUUUGAACCUCCUUUAUCUUUUUAUUUUACUGCAAAAAUGUGUGACCGACUUUCCAAAAUUUCUGACUUAUUAGCCCAAAACUUUUUUAUUUUACAAGAUAAUGCUAUCAGAUUUCAGGAGACAUUCUCAAUGCAAAAUACAACACAAUAAACAACAACGAUUUUACAUAACAUCAAGACUUUGUAUUUCGGAUAAUUUUAUUUGAGUGUUUGUUAAGAAAAAUGAUAACAGAAUAAUUGGAAAAAAUACAAUUUAUAAAGGAAAAAACAAAAUAAAGCAUGUUUAUUGUAUUUCUAAUUAAGUAUAUGCUUCAGUUAAAUUUUAAAUCAAUUCUUAUAUUUAUAAAAGGUAAGCAGAAGUCUUUUUUAAAAUAAAAUUAAAUGCAUGAAAUUACAAGUCAAAACAACCCCAAAAAAAACCACAAGACUAUACAAGCAUACCAGUAUCAGUAUGUGAUUAAAUUUCAAAAGGUAAUGGGAAUGUUCUGCCUGUCAUGUUCUACUUAAACUGCUCUACAGACUUCUUGGUCUUGUUGUUGAAUCCCACAAUCUCUCCUUCAUAAACUUUGAAUUUGCCAUCUACAUCCAAACGUGCCCCCAUCAUUGUCGACCGAUGGAAGGAAUUCCACUGAGUUCUUCAAUGGAUAAUUAAAAUUUUCUCUUAUAUCCGAAACAACCCUAGAAACAACAUCUAAUCAUAUUAAAUCAUAAUCCUGAAUCUACAAAGUUUCUUAUUAAUAUUAUUCAAUUUUCGUCUUUAUUUAUUAUUUAUCGAAACUUAUUUAAGAAACUUUUUAGAUUUAUUAUUAUUAAUGGAUAAUUAACUGUAAUGUCAUGUGCAAAUCAAUGUGGUCAUUUAUAUACAUUUGUAGCACCAGUCUCGACAUUAAAGAUGUACAAUAAUACACACAAUUUCUAUUAAAUCUAUUUAUCUAUCUCUGAUACAAAUAAGCUUUGAGUUGUUGUUUUUUCUUCUCAACAAUUUUUAAAACGUAAUUAUUAUUUUUUUGGUUAAAUUUCUCUUUCCAGAGCAGCAACCCAUGCCAGACCAGAAUCCUGACGCAAUAUUUGCCAACAAUGAGCUUUCCUUGAGCAACAUAGAAGUCUAUGGUUUUGACUAUGACUACACUUUAGCCACCUACACGCCCAAAUUACAUGAACUUAUUUUCACUCUCGGGAAAGAAGCUCUGGUUGAUCAGCUAAAGGUGAGAUAUAUCAAAUUUAGGUCCACAACUUGCCUACAUUUCUGUAACAUAAUUGUGUAAUUUAUUCAGAGCCCAUCUGACAUGCAAUGCUGAAAUAUGCAAAUGGAUUUAGAUAUGAAUAUCUGUUUGUUUAAAUACUUUACAGUAUCCUGAGGCUAUUCUAGAUCUGGAGUAUGAUGUAGAUUUUGCUGUUCGAGGUUUGCACUAUGACAUUAAAAAGGUGAGUCCACUGAUAAGACGGUUUCAGAAAUAAACAGGGGAUAGUUCUUUAUGGGGGAAGUGGUUAGUUUGUGUUGCUUUAGGAUAUUGUUCCCUCAGUUUUAGGCCUUCCUUUGCAUACAGACUUGAUGGAAACCGUAUUUCCAAAAUAUUACCUGACUAUCCCUAAAAAAUCUACAUAGAUAUUUGUCAUUUCUCCUUGAGCCAUUAUUUGCUUCAUUUUUUUAAGCAAUGUUAAUAAUUGAUGAUGCUGUCCUGUCAUUUUGCUUCUGUUAAUGUUUGUAGAGUUGAUCAGAAUAUAGUAGAGAAAAACCAGAAACUUUGAUAUAUAUUAAUGUUUAAUAUACUUUUAUACCAUGUUUAGUGUGUAAUACCCUUUAUCAUUUGUGAGAGCAGGAUAAGGCUGUAAUAGUUUCAUGUUCAUGUUUUUUUUGUUUUUUGUUGUUGUUUUUUUUUUGCUUGUAUAACUUCUACUAAACUUUUUAUUAUUAUUCAGGGUGUUUUUAUGAAGAUCGACCAGUUCCAUAACAUUCAACUUGGCACAGUGUACAGGUCAGCCAAAACAGGAUUUAGAACUCUAUAUACAACUGAUACAGCUUAAUAUAAUUAAUGGUAUCUGUUGUGUGCAUACAGAGCUUAAUACUGAAUCAAUAUAUUAUUAACAUGUCAUAAUAAUCUGUUCCUUGAUAGGUGACAAAGAUCCAAUCAACUUUCUAUAGCUCUGUCAGCUUUUGUGUAAGAUUUUAGCACUUUUAUUUUCACUGUUGCAGAGGAAUGCACCCAGUACCGGAUGAAGAAGUGAAAACUUUAUUUGAAGGGACUCACAUAUCAGUUGAAAACAUGAACACCUUCUAUGGAGUGGUAAGUUUUCUUGAUCUUGAAUGGUUAUUAAGGAAAAUGUUUUGGGACAGAGUUUAAAAAAUAACUAUUUCAGGAAGUAAUUGUCAAUAAUUAAAUGUUAAGUUAUCUGGUCUCUUGAUCUUCUAGUUAUAUAUUUUUUUUUACAUUGUCAUUAAAUUUAAACUAAAGGACAAUGUAUUAUACUAUUUAUACUCGGUAUGCAUUCAAGUUGCACUCGGACUGCUUCACUGCUGAAGAUAAUUGUGUUUUCAUUCUUCUCAGGGACCAAUGCAUCAGAUGGUCGACUUGUUUGCCCUCCCUGAAAUCACUUUGGUCUCACUGGUGACAGAGGUGGGUCAGAGCUUUUGAAACGCAGUUGUUGCUUUGAAAUUUGGGGGAAACAAAAAUGUAUUCACUUUACUCCACAUGGAAGUAAAAUUCAUUUUAAAAUCAUGUAAUUGUUAAACUCUUAUUGGACACAUAUUUUUAAUGAUGGCUUUCGUUCAAGGAUUGCUUCUGUGUGUGGGCAGUAAAGGGCUGAAAGUAUUUUAAAACACUUUUCAAAACUUUAUUGUUUUAUUAACAACUCGUGAGACUUUUAUUAAAUAUUAGAGAUUGUAAUUUUUAAAAGAAAAGAUUAGUCAUUCAUAUGGUGUUUUAAGCUGUUGAUGCUGCAAUGUCACUGAUUCAAAUAAAUUGAAGCACUAUUUUUGUCCACAGUAUUUUAUUUCCAACAACAUCACUUAUGAUCCAGAAUAUGUCUUCUUUGAUAUUCGUGUAAGUAGUUUGCAUUAAAUGCCAAGCAGAUUUCUCAUCAUUCUGUUUUAUUACCUCAGGAAGCUUUGUAAUGUUUGAACACCCGAAAGACAAUCGUAUUGAUUUCUUAAACUGUUGGAUAACAUGUGCUAAAUAGUCAUUUCCUAUCACCUGGCAGGCGUCCACUGUGAAUUCCAGUCUAAGUAGGAAUAAAUAGUUCUUAAGAGAAAUGCUGGUAGACCACACAGUAUUUGGCCUUGAACGAGGAUGGCAACACUCUAGGAGAACUUAAUGGUUAUUAAGGGGAAUGUUUUGGGACAAAGUUAAAGCAGAACUAUUCAGGAAGUAAUUGUCAAUAAUUAAAUGCGUUAUCUGGUCUCUUUUCCGCUGUUGAUCUAUAUAGAUAUAGAGAUUAUUUGAGUUUUUUGCUCAAUACUCAUUUACUGUAAAUAUUUUGAUAUAUUAUUUUUAAAAUACAAAAAGUUACAACUAAAAGCAUAUUUUAAAAAAAAAAUUAAAUGAAAGUGUAUGCAUUAAUUUUUUUUUACAAAUAUUGCUUUAUACAUUAGUUAUUUGCUGUACAUAGUGGUUGUUGCAGUAACAACUUUUACAAUUAAUUCAUGCUACAGAUGGCUAUUUGAAGCUCCAAUAAUCUUUAAAAAGCCUUUGAUGUCUGCCUUUGUUACUUGAUUUGAUUGUAAAAUCUCUUACUAUGACGAUGUAAAUAAUAUUGUGUAUCUAAAUAUCAUUAUGCUUCCCAGAGCCGAGUACAGGUCAACAACCCUUUAUCUAAAACAUGGGGAUCUGGUGUCUUUCAGAAUAACGAAAUUUUUGGAUUUCUUAACGGUAGUAUAGCAUUGUUGUUCAUCUGCAGGGCUCUAUCGGGAUUUGUGGGGGAGGUGUUGCACCUGUUUAAAUUUUCUGGUACUGAAAAAGAUUAACUGCUGAAUCUGUGUAUGAAUCCCAGUAACUUUUACUAGUAUGGUGGGGCUUAGCCUUGGUUUUAAGCGUACUCCCUAAAGUUAGCCUAAUAAACUCCCCACUUCCUGCUGACACAGCGCCAUGUCCUACCUGCCAGUCAAGCAAGGGCAUACGCCAUCAAGGAUCCCUUUCUGUUUUGCACUGUCUGUGGCCACACUCUAUUACUCUAAAUGUAAUUCCCAUUAUUAGUGUCAUUGCUCUCUCAUUAGGUCCUUUCUUCAAAUAUCCCUAGGUCUACCUCGACCUCUUACCCCUUUGUGCUAAGAUGUGUCGAAGGUGGAAGUGGUAAUAGGCUGUCACUACCGUUCUCAAUGGCUGAGAUCUCUUGUAGUCCCUGACGACCUGUUUCAACUCCUGGCGUUUGUGUGUAGCCUAUAGACCCUAAUAUUAUAUUAUAUAGAAGCUCUUAGUGGGUUAGUAUUCAUCAAACUUAAAUUUAUAAAGCUAUCAAGCUGGCAAUUUGGUUGCAUGCGAUUUGGCAAUGUUCCUUUUGCUAAGCUACUCUUACAUGUCUUUGCUGCACAGUUAAAAGUAAUCUGUUUCUCUUUUUUGGAUAUGUUAACAAUUUUUUGGAUUUUUUUAAUCUAAAAAUAUAUACAGUGGUCCCUCAUCUAUUGAGGGGGUUAGAUUCCAGGAACACCCCCCCCCCCCAAUAUAAAAGUAAUUCUUUUCUCUUUUUUGGAUAUGUUAAAAAUUUUUUGGAUUUUUUUAAUCUAAAAAUAUAUACAGGGGGCCCCCCUCUAUUGAGGGGGUUAGGUUCCAGGAACACCCCCCCCCCCCCAAUGUUAGGCGAAAAUCCACAAAGUGGCGACCUUUUAUUUAAUUUAUUAUUUAUAUAUUUUUUUAAGCUUUAUAAACCCUCCCCACACUCUUAUAAAUCUUUCCCACGCUGCUAUUAACCUUUCCCACAUACUUAUAAACAAUUCUUAUGCUCUUAAACACUUUCUACACCUAAACCUAAAUAAUUUUAACACCAUAUAAAUUUCUAUAUGGUGUUAAAAUAUAUACAAGUAAAAUAUCUGAAAUUCAGUGUGACCCCGAAAAAUCAACAACUAUAUGGCAAAGGGCAGCUGUACAUUGAGACAUGUUCAUGACAUGAAUGUUGCUAUUUUAUAGAUGUAUAAUUACUUUUAGCAGCUAUUUGUCAGGGAAAAUAGGGCAUAUUUGUCCAGGGUAAAUAGCUGAAGUGAUUUCUGGUAGAGCCCUAUCUUUUUUAAUCACAAUAGUGUGGUCAACAAACAACACUAAUAAGUGUAAGAAGCCCAGGACAACUUCUUUGUAAAAAUUUUGACCAUAAAGUUUGGAUGCAGGUUGUGCAUAAUUUUUAUAAAUGACCUUAACAUUACUAAGUUGAUUUGUUUUGAGGAGCAUUUCAGAUGAUGAGUUGUGGACCUGUAUUUUUUUUAAAUUUGGUUUUCCACAUCAUAAUAUUAAUGGCAUGGUGGAUUUAAUUCCAUAUCUUACAUCAUUCUUUUGAAUAUUUAUUUUUUUAUUUAAAUAUUUACCAAGAAAAUACGUUUUAAAAUACUCUAAUCUUUUAAACCAUAAGGCGUACCUCACCAUUUAUGUCAAAGAAAUCCUGUUUUGAUGUCUCUCAGGGAACUAUUUAGUUACAAGUCAACUGUCUCUUAACACAGAUAUUUUGCUCUUUUGUUUUCCCCAGAACACGGUGCAAGGAAUUCACAACUCCGGCGUGCUCCAUCAAGCAAUCAUUAAAGACCUAGGUAUGAACAAAUAGCUUUAUUUAUCCUAAAACUGUGUCUGUCAUUGCCAUGUGUACCACCACCAGAGGCUGACUCCCACAACACUAUAUAAAGCUCCCUCCUUCUUCUCAGGGCAUCUGCCACUAAAUGGAGCAAUCCUGUGAUUAUAUUGGUCUGUGAAAAAGUCAUAAGCCUCUAUCUAUCUAUCAAAGAAGUUAAUUUCUGUUAAUUUAUGGGAGAAAUGCUCAUCUCUUUUUUUAAAUAUUUCUUGUAAUAAUUCUCCCCAUUUUUAAUGAGGUGCUUAUCAUUUGAUGUUAUAAUAACUGCUUAGAUAGUUACCUUUAACUGUGACAAACUCGUCCACAACUCUGUUCUUGUUAUCUUUAAAUUAAUCAUUGAAAUGUGUAGUUUGAUGGGAUGAAUCAAACUUUAUUUUGAAAUUGUUACAAUUUAUGCCUUUGACCUAUUUUCCAUUGGCCCGAUUUUGUUAACAAUUUGAGAUUCCAAUUCUUGUGACAGACCAAUACUUGUAUUCAGAGAAGUGCUAUGAGACAAAACUGCUGUUGGAGAAUUUAGCCAAUGAGGGGAAAAAACUCUUUUUGAUCACCAACAGCGGUUUCCCUUUCAUGUGAGUGCCAGUUCAAUCUUGUGAGAUGUAUUUUUGCCAAACUUUCAAUCUUGUAAGAUGUAUUUUUUCCAAACAUUUAAUCUUGUAAGAUGUAUUUUUGCCAAACAUUCAAUCUUGUAAGAUGUAUUUUUGCCAAACAUUCAAUCUUGUAAGGUGUACUUUCUAGCAAACAAUAGUAGAUUAAUGUGUAUUUGUUUGAUGUCCUCAGUGAUCAUGGCAUGACCUACAUGGUUGGCAAAGAAUGGAAGGAAUUAUUUGAUAUUGUCAUAGUCAAUGCUAGGAAACCUAAGUUCUUUAAAGAAGGUUACAGGUGAGGAGAUCCCUUUUGGUCCCAGUGACUGUUUUUUGGUGUUGUAACCAAUAUUAUUUUGGUAACUAUUUGUAAAUACAAAGUACAGAGAAUGAGUUAGAUUUGAUUUGGUAGCUACUUGUAUGAAUGCAAAUAUUUUUAUUCUAAUUCAAGUUUAUGAAGGAAAUCAUUUUAUUCUAAUUCAAGUUUAUGAAAGCAAUCAUUUUAUUCUAAUUCAAGUUUAUGUAGAUACUUCGAUGAAACAAGGGAGACUACUACUUUUUUUUGUAUCGGAAAUGGGCGUCGGCGCUGAAAAAUCAGAGUUUUUAAUUUUCCGAUGUGUGUGUCUAUUUAUUAUUAAAUUAGUUCUUUCGACAUAUAUUUGAGUUCCGUUUCCGGCCUUAUAAUUUGGAAGACAUCUUGGCCUACAUUUCUAGCCAGCUAUUUUGCUUUUUUCAAUCGACCUUUAUUUUGAAAAUCUUUGGUAUAUAUAAGGCAUCUUCGCAUACAAAAUUUUUUGUGAAAUAAUAAGAUAAGGUCCUUUUUGAUUAAAUCUGUAUGAGCAUUAGAUAUUGAUCUAUAUCUGUGCCAAGUUUCAUUGAUGUAGGUCGUGUCUCACGUUUGUUACACUUGUCACAGUGACCCAUAUCACCAUAAGGUGGCUCAGCCUAAUUUCGACAUGGCGUGGGCCACGCCCCCUUUUUAAUGGCGGAAGUUGCCGAUACUUAGGAAAUAUUUAAUUAUUACCACUAUAUACAUCAAAAUAUUUUAUAUUUUGUGUUUCAGAAUGCAUUUUGAAGACAUUUAAACUGGAAUGUUUUAAUUUGAGCUAUAAAAACCCUGUAGAGUCCAUAUUAUAAAUGAUCAGAAUUUUCCCUGUGCAACACGUUGUCAUUGGCAACCAAGCACAGCCACUUGCAUAACAUCUAUAUCGUAGUACUACCUCAGAGUUUCAUUCAAAAACUAUUAAACCAUUGGUCAAGGAAAGCUUUAAUUAAUUAUUGAUGUGCCAAAGUUGAAAGUUUAAAAUAAGUUGACCCUAAACAGUAUUUUAGUGAUAAGGGAAUGCGUUGCCUUAUAUAAACUAUAUAGUCAUUGCGCAUGACGCGAUCAGCAGAAUGAGGUCACAGAAUGUGGAGAUGCAGUCCAUGUUAAAAAAGGACAAACCAAGUCGUACUUUAAAAAUUCAUAACUUAAAAACUACAACAGCUAAAAAUAUGAUUUUGGUGUUAUAAUUCUGUAAAAAAUUAGCUUUAUUCAACUAUGCUGUUACGCACUGACUUGUAUUGGGAGAAAUUAAUCUCCUAUUUUAAUUUUAAUUGGCUCGUUGUAAACAGUGCCUAACAAAGGACGAUACCAUAGAAUCAACAAUAUUAAAGAUACGACCCAAAACAGUUUCUAGUUACAAUUAAUAAGAUUUAUUAAGUCUUAAGAUAAUUACAAAAGAAAAGAAAAUAUAAUUACAAUCUUCAACUUACAGUAUGGUAGAUCUUGUACCGGUACACAGUUAACACAGUAAAAAUAAUGUGCCAAUAAAUAAUGCGAAAUAAACACAUAUGAGCACACAAAUACACAAAGAAUAAAACACGCCUCGUAAUGUUAAGAAAAUCUAUCUGAAAUCUCCGUCCCCUCGUAUCUGUCAAUCCUUUAUAUACAUGUAGCGUAAGACGCUUCCAGAAGGAUCUAUGACGUGUUGUUUACAUAUCUCGGGUUAAGGAGUACAUUCGAGAAGUUACCCAGAGACAUUCUACCCAAUGCCUAAUUGGAAGCCGAUUGUAAACAAGCUACAUCAAAGAGAUUUAGCCACGCCCACAACAGACGUUACUAUCUGUUAGGAGUGUACUAUGAGGUCGAGGAAAGUUCAUGCACAUGAAAUUGUGCUACAUAACAUAUGCCAUUGGAUUAUUUUUACAAAAUGUUUAAAUUUUUGACCAAAGUAUCUAGUUUAUGAAGGCAAUCAUUUCAUUCUAAUUCAAGUUUAUGAAGGCAAACAACUCAUCCACUUGUCAUGCUUUAAUUUAUUUCCAUUUCUCCAGACCAUUUCGAGCUUUAAACAUGGAUUUAAUGACUCCAGAAUGGGGACGCAUCAGUAGUCUCAGUAAAGGUGUCAUAUAUCACCAGGUGAGAAGAUCAGAACUUAACUAUCAAAUCAUCUUGAGCACAACUACAUAGCUGAUCAUUUGUUGUUGUUUUUUAUUUCAAUGGUUUGAAUCUGUGGGAGGUGUUCAGCAAGGGUUUGAUUAUUAGUCCCAAAUUUCUGGUGUUGUCAUUUGGCUCAACUCCAGGGGAAUGCAAAUACACUCAAGUUGACAAAAGGAUAAUGUCUUAAGUUUAUUGUUUUACUUGGUACCGUUUUGUUCUCUUGUCAUACCAUCUGAAGGUUUGAAAAAGUACCUGUCCAUAUUUUCAUUUAACUAGGGCAAUCAUCAUGAACUACAGAAAAUGACAGGUUGGUAUGGACCGAAAGUGCUCUACUUUGGGGACCACGUGUACAGUGACCUGGCAGUAAGUGAAGCUAGAAACUCAACUGUCAAAUGUUCAUUUAUUGCUGUACUAAAUACUCAUCUGAAACUCAACUGUCAAAUGUUCAUUUAUUGCUUUACUAAAUACUCAUCUGAAACUCAACUGUUAAAUGAUCAUUUAUUGUCCCCUACUAAAUACCCAUCUGAAACUCAACUGUUAAAUGUUCAUUUAUUGUACCGUACUAAAUACCCAUCUGACACAAGUGUUAAAAGUUCAUUUAUUGUACCUUACUAAAUACCCAUCUGUUCAUUUAUCCUUCUUUAUCUGAAAAACUUGAUGUUACAAUAUUGGACAAAACGAUACUGUGAUACAAAGCUAGAAGGCAUAGAGAUAUGAAAUCCAAAAACUGGUUUUGAGAUAUGGCAAAAUAAGAAUUAGUUUUAUUAUUUUUGUAUAAAUUAUUUUCCUUUGCUAAUUUUAUUUCUUUUUUUUUAAACCUGUUCUAGAAUAAUUCUUGUUGAUAAGUUUUCAUUAGACCCGUCUGAUCAAUUGAGAAGGACAUUGUAUCGUAUUUAUUUAUAUAUUUUCAAUAAUAAAGCAUUUUCUUGUCACUUUGCAGGAUCCAUCGCUAAAGUAUGGCUGGAGGACUGGAGCUAUCAUACCAGAGCUAGAGGUAACACAUUCAUUUAGCAAUUAGUGAUCCAAUAUCAAAAGAGUAGAAUCCAAGGUCUCUUUGUCUUUGCAGGCAGGUAUUCUGCAAUAUAUAUUAAUUAAAACGUUUACAUAUCCCAUUAUCCAUGUCUCAUCACUCAAUGUACACUACAGAUCUAGAAUUUACCAGAAUUUGGUAUUUAAUUGUUUAUUCGGUGUUGGUACACAAAUGUUCCAUGCUGUGCAAGUUGUGUGCAAUCAUGUACAGGCAGAGACACUUUGAAUGACUGGCAUUUCAGAUAAUCAGCAUUUGGAAAAUUGAUGCUCUACUGAAUAUAUAAAUAGUCAGCCUGACUUUCCCUGCAUUUGUGUGCUAGUUUCUCCUCCAAUACACACCUUAUAAUUCUACCCCUAAUUCUUGUGUGUUUAUCUAAAAACUCUUUUAUUCCUGGUCUCUUAAAUAAAAACACUCUCUCUCUCUCUCAUUCUCUUUCCCUCUCUUUUUCUCGCCUAGAUAAAAAAAUCAUUUUUUAAAAUAAUCUCUUGCUACUUGAUUUCGAACAAGAGAGUUCUAAUAUAUAGAUCAAUAGCUUCCUAGUUUGGUCAGUGAUUAGAGUUUGUAACUUGUAUCCUCAGAGAUUAUAAAAUAUCGUUACUUGCAUUUUUCCAGGCUGAAAUCAACAAACAAAAUUCUGAGGUUUACAAGUCGUCUGUCAGAUGGUUGGUGGCCUUACAACAUUUGAUCGAUGAGAUGCAGGUCAGUGGUGGUAUUCUAUAGGCCAGGGGUCGCCAAACCACGGCCUGCGGCCCGGAUCCGGCCCGCGACAUCAGUUCAUAAGCCCCUCCGACAGUACUUGAAUUUGCUUGAUAAAACAUAUGUAACAUGAAACAUUGUGAUACAAUUUAAAUUUAAAUAUUAUGUUUAGAGAGAAUACUAGGAGAUCUUCACACAUGCGGAGACCACCUGGCAGCUAUGUGCAUUAACUUUACCAUUUUCAAUUAUUGUAUUCCAAAUCUUCUUGUUUAUUUUAAUCAUUGCAAUGUUUGCUCAUUUUUUGCCAUCCUAAGUCCUUCCCUGGCUCGUAGCUCCGCCUACGCUCUUACGUUACCACGGUUAACACCCAUGAUUUACAUGGAAUACUAAACUUAGUUUUUUUCCCAGAGUUUUUGUUCUGGCUUACAAGUAUGGCACAGAAUGAUGAUGCGGCCCGCACUCAUCAUUUUGUCAGUUAUCCGGUCCGCGGUGAAAAAAAUUUGGUGACCCCUGCUAUACGCCACAGUAUAAAAUAAUAUGACAUUAAUUUUUUUUUUUUCUAACUGGCCAAUGAACCUUGAUGUUGAAAUUUAAAUAUGAAUAGAACUGUUAAGAGUGUAUUUCACACAAUAAGUUCUCAUCUAGUCAUCAAAACUGUUAGAGAAUCUAUUUGAUAUUGUCCUAAAGUUAGGGCAAUAAGUCAUAAAAUCAACCUAAGGUCAUGUAAAUCUUUUAAUGAAUAAUAAAAUUCAUUUGGUUAAUUUACAUUCUCACUGCAUUUAUUUUUUGCAAAGUAAAAUGGUUACAUAUCUCAUUUAAUGUAUUCUUCAAAUCAGCACUAGACAUCUCUCAUUUAAUGUAUUCCUCAAAUCAGCACUAGACAUCUCUCAUUUAAUGUAUUCGUCAAAUCAGCUCUAGACAUCUCUCAUUUAAUGUAUUCGUCAAAUCAGCACUAGACAUCUCUCAUUUAAUGUAUUCCUCAAAUCAGCUCUAGACAUCUCUCAUUUAAUGUAUUCGUCAAAUCAGCACUAGACAUCUCUCAUUUAAUGUAUUCGUCAAAUCAGUACUAGACAUCUCUCAUUUAAUGUAUUCUUCAAAUAGUGCCAGACAUUUCUCAUUUAAUGUAUUCUUCAAAUCAGCACCAGAAUUCACCUGAAUGUAAGGAGGUAAUAGAGUCUUGGAUACAAGAGAGAAAUGAAAUGAGGUGGGUACUUCAUAGACAGCCUAAGUUUAUUAACUUCAUAGACAGCCUAAGUUUACUAUAACAUCUUGCCAAUUUCUACUUCUGCCUGUUGUUAUUGUUGAACUGUCUCACAGCACAGAUCAUGUGACACUCCUAGGGACAAUCUACACAUGCUUACACAAACUACACUGUUUAAACAUUUGUAUUUAAGGCUGCGACUAUUCGCACCUGGAUACCAGAAGUGAGAUGUUGGGAUUAAAAAACUAUUUCAAAUAUUAUUGUUGGGUCUCUAAGGCAAUGUGAGGUAUCAAAUGAAAGAUAACUGAAUGGACUAUGUUUGUAAACUUACUUCUUCAGUGAAAUAAAUAAACUACCACAAAUGACAUCCGAAUAGCAUUCAGUCUAAUGGUACCCGGGUGCGAAUGGCAGCGCUGCGUGUCUGGGUACAUUUUGACUCAAUGCUAUUCGGAUGUCAUUUGCAGUAGUUUAUUUUAGUUAAACUGAAGAAUUAAUUUUACAAACAUAUAGUUCAUUCAAUUAUCUUUCAUUUGAUUCCCCAUUUUGUCUUACAAACCCAACAAUAAUAUUUUAAAUAGUUUAUUAAUCCCAACCUCUCACUUCUUGUACCCGGGACGAUUAGCCACUUCGUUUAUUUAAAACAAGAUUAUAAUUAACUUUUGACCACCAUACAAUUAUGGUCCAAAUUUUAGUUUAAAAAUGAAUUUUACUGUAAUUGACUACCAUGUUGUUGUUUUUUUUUUAAGUUUCAAGUGCUGUAAUAUUUCUUUGUCCAACAUCACAGGGUGUUCACCAAAUCACUGUUCAACCCACAUUUUGGAAGUUUGUUCCGGACGUACCACAAUCCCACUUAUUUCUUCCGCCGCCUAGCAAGAUUUGCUGACAUAUACAUGUCCAGUUUGACCAACCUGUUGAGGUACUCUACUACAUACACCUUCUACCCACAUCGCAUCUUGCUGCCCCAUGAACCCAGUGUUUACUCAAAGAGACCAAAUGUCAGAGAAAAUGGAAAUGAAGACUAGAAUAAUUUACAUACAUUUGCCAUGCAGACAUUACUUAUUUGAGAUUUUUACAUUUCUUAUGUUUUUCUGAUACACAGGGUGCUUUUGGGAAUAAAAUAAUAACUGAGUUUCAACUAUGAUUUCUGUAAAUGACACUGGUAUUUUAUUUGGUAUUUUAUUUUGAGAUUAUUUGUGAGAUGGAUGCGGAAUAAAGCAGUGAAUUUGUACAUAAUUAAUGAUGCUAAAAUAAAAAUAUUACCCUUUCAUGUAAUUAUUAUCAGCAGUUAAGCCUUAAAUUUGUUGAAUCUCAAAAGUUCUACCAAAUACUCACAUAUUAUAUGCAAAUCUAAAAAUCUUUAAAUAAAAUUUUUAUCCAAAAAUAUUGAUAUAUGUUUACAAGUUAGCAUAUCUUCAAUAUUUAAAUUACAUAAACUUUAGGGAGCUCUCCAAAAUUCAAGGAUUAAAAAAUGAUUGAAGUAUUAUACAUGAAAAACUAAAUUAUUAUUUAUAAGUCUUCUUCCAGACAUCUAAUGUUAACUGAGGUCAGUUCAUUGAGGUGUUAAAUAAUUAGUAUGACUAAGUGGUAGGCCUAAAUGAAAUUGGAAGUUGAGAGAAUAAUGAUGCAGAAGUCGCCAAAACAUUGUACAUUAUUGUCAUAAUAAUUAUUCAGAUAGAGAAAUCAACAAUCACUUGAGCUCAGAUUUCUACAUGUAGGAUAAUUUAUUAGGAUGUUAAUAUCUUGUUUGCAAUCCAAAGGUUGUGCAAUAAUAUGAUUAUUUUAUUUUCUGACUCUUGAGCAUGUGAUUUUUUUAAGCGAUUUCCGUAUGUGUGCAUGUGAAAUUUCAGGUAGAGCCAUCACACACUCUGGUUGUCAUAGGUCAGUAUUUGUACUAAAUCAGAACUAUCAGUAUUCUAGCUUUGCUCAAAUUGUGCACGUUAUUAAAAUGUUUAAUAGUUAACAGAAGUCAGUCUUCUACUGUGAUUCUUUGUAGAGCUGCUCAAUGUUUGCAUAAUUUAAUUCUCUGUUGACACUGGAAGUUAGUUUUCUAUUGUCUGUAUCAAUAAGUAUUUUAGCCCUGCUCAAGGUUCUCCCAAUGAUCUUGUAUUCUGAGAGACUUUGUAAUGAUCUUGUAUUCUCAGAGACUUUGUUAUGAUCUUGUAUUCUCAGAGACUUUGUAAUGAUCUUGUAUCCUGAGAGAUUUUGUAAUAAUCUUGUAUUCUGAGAGACUUUGUAAUGAUCUUGUAUUCUGAUAGAUUUGUAAUGAUCUUGUAUUCUGAGAGACUUUUUAUAUUUCUAGUUUUUAUUUAUUUUACACUUGAAUACAUUGAGAAUGUGAGUUACAUAUUCAAUUAGUAACAGCUGCUGUCCAUCUUUAGAAUUUCAGUUUAAACAAAAAUGUUGCUGAAACCUCAGUUACCAUUGGGUUAGAAAUAUGCAGCACAGAAACCAAAGAUUUGAGAUGAGGAAAAGUUGAAGCUGAAUAAUGAGAGUUCCAAUGACAGGAGUUCUUUUAAUGCUAUCAUGCUAUGGAGGGUGUAUCACCAAAACCCCGGAUGAAAAUGACUCAAAGGCAGACUUAGAAGGAUGGAUGAUGUGGAAAAAGAUCUACAGCAGCUGGGAAUCCAAGCAUGGAAAGGAAAAGCAUUAGUUGGGUCUGAGUGGAAGGAAGUAGUGAGGCAGGCCAAAGCCCUACAUGGGCUGUAGCGCCACAGGGAUGGAUCGAUAUCAAGCUAUAUUUAAAUAAUUCCAUAUCAACCUUUUUACUCAAUAUUUACUGACAUUAAUAUCGGCAUGAUAUUAUUUUAAUAAGAUUCGCUCUAGAUCUAAUUGCUUCCAUUUUCUCAUGACAGAAUAUUUUAUAUGGAAAGAUGUCUUAAAUUUUAAUGCUCUUGUUAGUUAUUGAUUACUAGCACAGGAAAAAUAAGUUUAAGAUGAGAAAAAAAGAAUUGUAUCCAAGCCUACCAAGUUCAAUUUUUGAGACUACUGAUAAAUAAAAUUAAUAGAUUUUUAAAUUCCUUGAGACUUCCUGUCUUCUCUGUAACUGAAAUGUAAGGUAGCCAUAACCAACUACCUCAAAGGUGCAUUAUUUGAUGUGUAAUGUAAAACAUGUUAAGAAAAAUAAUUUUUUUAAAGUUGCGAGUGAAUCACAUCUCUAGGGAUCAUGUUUACUGAAGGUGUUGCCCACUAAUUAAAUUAGAAGCUUUUGACCUGAAAUGGUUGGUUUUUUGGGGCGCAUAUCUUUGGGGGUUUCAGUGUAUUUGGUCAUUACUCAUUUAACAGUUUUACUGUAAUUUCCUUUCAGGGAUUUGUUACAUUUUUCUGUCUUUUUUUUUUGUCAGUGAUCAUGUUUUAUGAUAGCAAUCUCAGUGGGUGACAGACAUGAAAAAUUUAGACUGAAC